UGAAAUGUCUGUGUGGUCAAUCUUUUUCAGUUUGCCAAUUGUGCAAAUGUGCUCGAGUCAUUGUUAGGCAUGACACCAUGAAUAGUCUAUAUAUAACAAUGAAGACAAUGCUUUUAUAUCAUAAUUUGAAUUUAGUAAAAGCAUUAAACCCAACCAUCUGAAUACCUUUGGAAAAUGUUUGCAUAUUAUACAGUUUAUAAUUUCAAGUCUAUUCAUUGAGCCAUUAAUUAUUCACUUAUUUGGCCUGAGAACAAACAAAGGAGAUUUAGCUGACCUCUCAUUUGCACUCAUUGCACUGAGAAUCUCAGUUUGUCUACGGACCGGAUACUGAUACGGAUUAUUAAUGAUAAGAUUUUUCAAGAUUGCAAAUGACAAUUUUACAACUAGGAAGAAAGAUGUGUAGGCCAUCGCGCCGCCAACACUGAAGAGUCUUUGGGGGGAAGAAAGCACUUCAUCCAAGUCAUUUCUUUCAGUAAUGGAAUAUCAGUUUCAUCAGUUUGGAGAGUCUGAUAACGGCCCUGUCCAUGGGGAGCACAAGAUAACCGCAAAACCAGUCUCCCAGUUGAACAAGGAAAUCACCGAGGUCAAAGUUCACCUUGAGAGGAUCAGCCAUGGAGGGAAAACGUCAGCGUCCAGUGCUGCUGAAGGUGAAAAAACUGUGGAGGAAGUCUUCUUACAGAAACUUGCCCCAGUUAGAGGAACAUGUGGGAACGGAUGGUCGUCCUUCCAGAGGAGCUGCUACCUGCUGUCCACCUCGCCUGUGACCUGGAGCAAAGCAGAGGAGCAGUGCCGAGCCCACGGGGGACACCUGCUGGUUGUGAACAAUGUGGAGGAGCUGGACUUCAUUUCAAAAAUUGUCGAGCUCAGAUACAGCUACUGGAUUGGACUCGUGGAGCGGGAACACGAGGGACACUGGAGCUGGGUGGACGGGACCGACUUCCAUUCAACCCCAACUUUCUGGGACAAGGGUCAGCCUGACAACUGGGACUACAGAGAGAACGGCGAGGACUGCGGGCAACUUCAUGCCUCCGAGAGACGCAAGCGCAAGAUGUGGAAUGAUGCUGACUGUAGCCUGUGGUACCAGUACAUCUGUGAGGCAGUGGUGCCCCUGUGAGCUGCAGUGGACGCGCCCACAUGGCAGGGCCUGAUAACGUUGUUGGAUGGGGGAAAAAAAUUGUGUUUAUGAAAUUGUGUUGAAAAAAACCCAAAAACUGAUAAGGUUGCUAUAUCACUGGAUAAAUAAAAGCGAUAACUUUGA